AGUGGUGCCUCGAGUCCACGCCGUACCUGACGACGCGUCUCAUCUCGCCACACCGCUGGCAUAGGAACGCGCGCACCGCCCCGGCGACCGCCUACCACCGCGCGGGCCUGCCUCGCCGCCGCGAUGGCCUACCGCCGGAAGCCCCAGCCCCAGCCGCCGCCCUCCUUCGAGCACCACCACCCGCCGUCCGUGGGCCCCGCCUCCCCGGACUCCCUCGCCGCGCAGGCCAUGCGCGCCUCCGCCGCGCACCGGGACGCCUCCUCCAUCGCCUCCGCCUACUCCUCCUCGGCCUCGGCGGCCGCCCGCCGGAGCCACCACGAGCCCUCCGUCUCCACCCCGUCCCCGGAUUCUUCGGCCUAUGAAUACACGUCCAUGAAGAGCUUGAACGAGGCCAAGUACGGAUUCUGGGGUGCCCUUGCGCGGAAGGCAAAGUCGCUUCUUGACGAGGAUGGCUCCCCGGGGCAGCACGAAUCGCCAGCGGGGCAGCAGUCACUGAGAGAUGGUGCGUCAGUCGGUGUCCAGCAUCCACGUUCACAGCAAUUGCCAGGAGAGACAUGGAAAUCUGAGACACCUCCAUCUCAGAAGAGAUCUGAGGCCAUAACUUCCUCCCUUAACUAUAUUGGAGGCACAAUAAAAAACGCACUUGAAGAAGGUCGGACCAUUGUAGAGAAUAAAACAGCCGACAUUAUUCAGGAGACGCGUAAACUGAACGUAAGAAGAAAAGGAACCGUUUCAAAUACACAAGGAGAAGCUGGUCACAAACUUACUCAAAGAUAUCUUCCUCAAAAUCCGCUUGACCAUGAAACUCAGUUGAAGGCAUCUCGCGACGUUGCGAAUGCCAUGGCUGCAAAAGCAAAGUUGCUAUUGCGCGAGCUGAAAACAGUGAAGGCAGAUUUGGCAUUUGCAAAAGAACGUUGUGCUCAGCUUGAAGAAGAGAAUAAAAUGCUGCGAGAAAGUUAUGACAAGGGUGAUAAUCCAGAAGAUGAUGAUCUGAUCCGCCUCCAGUUAGAGACGCUAUUAGCAGAGAAGGCACGGCUAGCACAUGAGAACUCUGUAUAUGCUCGAGAAAACAGAUUCCUGCGAGAAAUAGUCGAGUACCACCAAUUGACUAUGCAGGAUGUCAUAUAUGUAGACGAAGGCAUCGAAGAGGUCACCGAAGUGUACCCUACACAAGUAUUACCCCGUACUGGAUCAAGUGUUGGUCGUGCAUCCACUCCAGCUACACCUAAACCUGCUCCAUCAUCAACAUCCAUUGUUGUACCAGAAUCUUGCCCCGUUGUACCAGCUUCUCCAAAGUCCCUUCUGCGGGCUUCCUCUCUGAGCAAUUGAGCAAUAGAGCAAGCCCGCUGCCUCCAACCAUCGCAGAAGAGCAACGAGGUGGUUGGUGGUGGGACGAUACAUUUUAUACUGCCAUUGUUCUUGUAAUCAAGUACCCACGGUUGUCAUGCCUGUGUGUUGUUGCUAUUGAGCUGUGGCCAAAUGUCAAGAACCGUGUUCGUGCUUGGGAUGCUUGUACUAUCUAUGUAACUUAUACGAGUGACUAUUUUGCGUCUUCAGUUCUGUACUGUUUUGUGUCAGUGCCAGAUUUUACGUUUCUUGCUGUCCCA